CCCAGCAGCACCUUUCACCCCCAGGACUUCAGUGACCUCAUCAGCUUCAUCCUCUAUGGCAGCCAGCACCGCGGAGGUAAAGAACCGUGGCUGGAGCGUCUGUACCACAGCUGUCAGCGUCUGGAGAAGCGCGAGGGUGUCUCGUCAGGUCGUGAAGGGGGUGUGCGUCUCCGGUGCGGGUGGCGGUGUGUGUGUACCGCGUGUUCUGCUGAAGACGGAGGCCGUGCUGUGGCAGUGGGCGGUGUGGGAGGCAGCUCAGUUCACAGUGUUGUCUAAACUCCGUACCCCGCUGGGACGGGCACAGGACACCUUCCAGACCAUAGAGGGUAUAAUCCGCAGCCUGGCGGCCCACAGUCUGAACACUGAACAGGAGCUCAGCCAAUGGAGCGGCGGCGACACAGACGACGGUCACCAUAGCAACCAGCUGCGUCUGGCGCUGCUCCUGCAGUUCCUGGAAAACCUGGAGAAACUGAUGUACAACGCCUACGAGGGCUGUGCCAACGCUCUGACCGCUCCGCCCAAGGGUAUCAGAACAUUCUUCUAUACCAACCGUCAGACCUGCCAGGAUUGGCUGACUCGUAUCCGCCUGGCCCUGAUGAGGGUGGGGCUUCUGUCCGGCCAACCAGCAGUCACCGUGCGUCACGGCUUGGACCUGCUGACUGAGAUCCAGAACAGCAGCACUCUGGGUCCAGAGUUGGAGGCUCUCUGA